UAGCAUACAAUAUAACUGACAGAAAUUGGAGAGGAAAGAAGGUCAUCAUAAUUGAACAUUUCACAAAAUUUGGGAAACAAAAAACAUCAUCAUGGAAAACGAAUUCAGGGCCGAACAGUUGAGUCAGUUCUUAAAGGAGUCGAAAUACACUUAACAAAGCCAAAUUUCCAUACAGGUAAUGCAGCCAUUGAGAGACUGCACUCAACAUUGUUGGAAAAACUAACAGGAAUUGAAGAUAUAGCGGGGCACCCAAAGAAUUUCGGUUACAAUUCUUCGAACAUACAUUCGGAAAAUGGCAACUAACUCUGGCAUUUUAGAAACUGUGGAACUGCAGUUACCGCAAGGACGCAUACGCGGCGCCAAGCGCCAGGCAGUCUACGGUGAAACCUACUAUAGCUUUGAGGGUAUACCGUAUGCCAAGCCGCCGGUCGGCGAAUUACGUUUUCGUGCACCGCAACCAUUUGGAAAUUGGUCCGAUAUAUUAGACGCCACGCAGAGUCCACCCAAACCGGUACAAAAGAACCAGAAAACCGGCGAAAUAGAAGGCAGCGAAGAUUGCCUUUAUCUGAAUGUCUUCACCAAGCAUAUAGAUGCUACCAAGCAGAUGCCGGUCAUGGUUUGGUUAUAUGGUGGUGGCUUUCAGACCGGUCGUGCAGCGCGCGAGCAUCACGGACCCGAUUAUCUGAUGCGUGAAGAUGUUUUAUUUGUUUCAUUAAAUUAUCGUCUCUGUUCGCUGGGUUUCCUUAGCUUGAAUGACCGCAGUCUUGAUGUUCCUGGCAAUGCUGCUAUCAAGGAUCAACUGCUGGCGCUCAAGUGGAUAAAGAAAAACAUUUACUAUUUUAAUGGUAAUUGUAAUAAUAUUACCGUUUUUGGCGAGAGCGCCGGCGCCACAUGUGCACACAUUUUGUCCUUGAGUGAUCAGGCGCGUGGCCUAUUUCAACAAGCGGUCAUAAUGUCCGGUUCAGCACUGAGCUACUGGGCUAGCAUGCCACAAAAUAUGGGCUAUCGACUAGCUGCGUAUCAUGGUUAUAAAGGCGAGGCCAAAGACAAGCCAGUAUUGGAGUUUUUGCAAAAUUUGGAUGCAGGCAAAUUGGUCGAUCAUUCGCUGCAUAGCGAGGAGGAAAAUCGAUCGUUCCACUGGCUAACAUUUACACCGACAGUUGAACCCUAUGAGUCAGAACAUUGCGUAUUGCCAACCGAGCCAAUUAAUCUGCUGAAGUCGGCUUGGGGAAAUGGCAUACCAUUCCUCAUGGGGGGCACAUCAUUUGAAGGUUUAAUAAUGUAUCAGCAUGUGAAAAAGUUUCCAAAAAUUGUAGAUCUAGUGAAAAAAGAGCCGGAAUUAUUGGUAUUAGCAGAGUUAAAAGAUAUUUACGAGAGCAGUCGGAUUCAAGAAUUGAGCACACGCAUUCUAAAUCUCUACUUUGGUAAGGAAAAAGACGAAGUAGUUUCCAAACAGGAUAAACCAGAUCCCACCUUUGAUUUUUUACAUCUUUGUUCGCAUAAAAUGUUCUGGCACGGUGUGCAUCGCAUCGCGCUUGCGCGUACGAAGUAUGCUACAGCCAAUACUUACCUCUACCGAUUCGACUUCGAUUCGCCUACAUUUAAUCAUCAUCGCUUACGUUUCUGCGGCGAUGAAUGUGUGAAGGGCGCUGCGCAUGGCGAUGAUCUCUCCUAUCUAUUCUAUUUGAAGGAAUCCAAAAAACUGGAGGAGAAUACGCCUGAAUAUGCUACCAUACAACGCAUGAUCGGCAUAUGGACCAGCUUCGCUAAAUGGGGAAAUCCGAAUUGCCCCGAGAUUGCGCCAAAUGUAUGGCUACCAAUUGAAAAAACAAAUCCUGACUUUGGGCUGAAUAUUAGUCAGACGCUGCAAGUUAUCCAAAUACCCGAAGCGCCGAAAAUGAAAGCUUGGGAUUCUUUAUAUGACAAACCUUUGCUUUAUGGGUCUGCCUCCGAUACUGAGGCAGGGUCUGGAAAAGGUACCACAGUACUUACUUAGACGAAGUAUGAACGGCUGUGGAUACUGACAAAUUUCAAUAGUUAAUAAGUGAUUUUUUACUGUAACGAAAAAAUGUAUUUAGAAAAAGAUUUUGCUAAAAUUAUAAACAAAAAUAUAGCAAAUCAUUGUAACAUAUUGCUCAUAUUUAAACCUUAAUUUAGAGAGCUUUCUUAUAAUUUAUUUUAUAAUUCUAUAAAUGAUAUAACCUUAAAAGUUGAUUAGUUCAGGGUUGGAUUUGUGCAUUGCAAAACUAAUUUAAACUAAUUGUUGACAUAUUUUUCAUCUACAUCUCCCCUCUUGCCACAUUAAAUAUGUACUACAUGUAAGACUCGCUCGAUAUUAGAAUAUUUUUCGGAUGACUAAGGGGAUGUCAUGUGCUUCCUUAAAUAAUAGAAGAUUAUAUCUAUGCGCUUGUACGCACAUGAGCGCUUUAAAAAUGUAUUAGAUGACGGAAUUUAUAAGAGGCUGAUUCAGCAAUUCUUUUAUUGUAUAAUUAAAAACUCGCAUUGAGAGUAAGUUCCAUUUACAAAAAAAAUUUUUGCUAACGCAAAUUGUACGAUGGAAAUUAAAAAUGAAAUUCACAUGUGAUCGGCCGACACGAAAAAUGCACUUGUAUAUAAGUAUAUACUUAGUUAUAAUAUACAUAUGUAUAUAAUUAAUAUAUAAUAAGCAAAACACGGUUAA